CCUAUCCGAAUCGAGCUAUAAUCCUAAUCCAAGAAGGAAAGAUGCGGGCGUUAAGCCCCAGCUCGAUCCGAUGUCUCUCGGAAUCCUAGUCCGAUUCUAACGAUCCAAGGUAUCUUCGUUCGAAGUACGUCUCGCCAUUUGUGGGCCUUAACUCGGCCCAUCCUGCUACGGUCUCGGCCUUCAAUCAAGUAUGCAUUACCGCUGCCUUCGUCGCUUGAAGCUCCACGACGGCACACCCCGCGGAGAUGGGAGACCCCGGAGCGGCAUCGAGGAGGAAGAACCGAUUACCGAAGGGGGGCAGCGAAUCUUCCGAUCUCCACGCCGCCGCGAGGAACGGGGACCUCACCACGGUCGAGUCCAUCUGCAACGCUAAUCCCCUCGCCGUCAAUGCUCGAGAUCGCCAUUCCCGGACACCAAGUACAGACUCGGAAAGCAAACCAGAAGGGAGACAAGCCAGGAAGCAAAGAAAAAUGGAAGCAAUUCAAGCAAGACUAAUUGUUCCUCUACCACCAACAGUGACGUCUCUAGAACAGACGGUGUCGGCCAUGCAGAGAAAUACUUCUUGGAGAGGCGUUGCGCUAUCAGAUCGAAGUGCAGAGGAAACUGCAGGAGCAACUCGUGAAGAAAUUGCAAAUGAGAAUCGAGGCUCUGGGGAAGUGCUUGUAAGCAAUACGGGAGAAAGCUCAGAAGAUCUUUGUUUCGACAUGAAUGGCUCGUCAGGCAGUUUGGAAGCCACCAGAGCCCAGCUUACGGAUUUCGACCUGCCACUAUCAGGCUUGACGGAGAACGUCGGUCGGGUUUGCGAAGAGAAGCACUCGGAGCUGAGAGAAGUGCGGUAAGAGGAAAACAUCAAGAAGAGGAACGAUUCAGAGUUUCAACUUCAUCAGGAAGGUAGAGAUGAGGCCGAGGACAGUUCUCUUCUUCUGCUGGAUUUGAAUGUGAAAGGAAGCAGAGGUGAGAUGGUUGGUGGAUCAAGAGGAAACGACUUGGAUCUCAGAAUCCAAACGCAGGGGUUGUAAACCAGCUUUGACUGUCGAUUCUGCACUUGCAGACACAUCCGAUGCUGUCAUUGUGCGCAUCGAGUUGAUAUCGAAUCUAUGUUUCUUUCCUACA